GCUGCUAUCCAAUAUCCAAGGCUCCAGGCUGUAUUAGCGGCAUCGGAGAGUUUGAACCAACUCAUGACUGGAAAUAUAAGCUGCAGCUUUUUCUCACUUUUUACCUCUCUUUUCUUUUCUUCUUGCUGCCCGGGUAUCCAUUCGCUGAAUUAUCGCUCCUUUCUUUUUGCCUUCCCGGCCACGGUGACAUUCAUUUGCCUCCACUCCAACUUCAAGUCAUUCACUCAAACAACAAAACUACCACAAUGAAGGCCUUCACCCUCCCCGUCCUCAUCUCCGCUGGCCUCGUUGGCCUGGCCUCUGCCCGUACCGAUCUCGGCGGCUGCGUUUCCUCCGCCACCGUCAACCAGUGGAACGAAGCCAGCAUGAUCUGGUACGUCCCUGACAGCGGCGAGAUCUGCGAUAUCCCCGACUGCGGUGGUGGUCGCGCUCCUCCCAAGUACAACCAGCCCGGUUGCGCCGCCUACACUGGCACCGAGACCCUGACUCCCAGCUACCUGCCCGGCUGGGGUCCCAACGGCAAGUCCGCUGCCACCACGGCUCACACUGCCUCCGCGACCACCGUCGCUGAGACCUCCGCUGCCACCACCACCUCGGCCGCCUCUUCCACCGACGAGUCUACCUCUUCCUCCUCCACCAAGACCAAGCACGGUAGCACUCUCAUCACCGCCGGUCCUACCCUCUCGAAGGCCGCUUCUUCCACCCCUGCCGGCUCUUCCUCCCCCGUCAAGUCCUCCUCCGUGGCCGGUGGCUCCAAGCCUUCCGGCACCAAGGGCUCUGGCUCUGGCUCUGGUUCCGACUCCGGCUCCGGCUCUGGGUCGGGAACCAAGACUGGCUCUGCCUCCACUGGUCUUGCUACCGGUGCUGCUUCCAGCGUGUCUGGUUCCAGCAUCGCCGGUGUGGCUGUCAUUGCCGCUCUGGUCGGUGUUGUUGGUCUGUAAUCGGUUGUCUUAUACGUUGAUGGGCUGAUCCGGUGAGAAGUUGGGGGUUGUUGAUAAAUGUCUAAUAAGUGUAAUGUGCUAGCUAUCAUGGGAUACUUUAAUGAUACGGAUAAUUAUAUACACUGCGAAUAGUUCUUUCUCUAAUGUAAUUUCUCGUCAUUUGC